AAGAGCUACACGUUCAGACUGCGCGAGCAUCGGCCAGGUGAGCGGCCAGGUGUCAUGGCAACGCACGUUAUCUGCCGCAGUACGAAGUCGACAUCUCGCCUUCGGUUGGACCGUGGUGUCCGAGUGCAUUUGGCCGCUUGAACUUCUUCAUGUCGGAAUCCAAAAUCCGACCAUUUGGAGGAGGGACAACGACGCUGGCUGCGUUUUCGGCCGCUCACACGCAACUAGCAGCUGGUUAACAAAGCAGGAAAGUCUUUGUGUCAUCUCUUAAUCUAGCUAGUCGGUUUGUUCGCUGUAGCUGCGCCAAAUCUUACUUUCUUCUUCUUUUUUUUUUAAACUCUGAGGUCUGUUAUCGGGAGCUAGGAGUAGCAUUUAGCCUCGACAUCAGAGGAGAGCUUUUUUUUUUCUGACUAACGUUUAUCUAAGUGUCUUGUUUACUGGCUGGAUGAGAUGUCAUUCAUCAUGGAGGAUAACUUGGAGUCCGGAUGGGUGUCCGUCCGGCCCAGAGUCUUCGACGAAAAAGAGAGGCAUAAAUUUGUUUUCAUUGUGGCCUGGAACGACGUCGAGGGAAAGUUCGCCAUAACCUGCCACAACAGAACCGUGCAGAGACGGAGCACUUUACUGGACGUCGACUGUAGCCCAACCGCUGGGCUUCCUGCCCCCGGUGCCUGCGUGGCUGAAAAACAGACAAAAAGUCCCUUCACAGCAAAGAAGGACGGAGUCUGCCAAGUGGGUAAAGUUAGACCGCACUCUGUCCCCAAAGGAAAACCCGCAACAAAUGCUAAUGCAGACAAGAAGACUUUAAAAGCCGGUAGUUCAAAGUCAUAUGAGUGUGUAAGUCACACAUUAGGCUCGUGGGAUGUGGUGACACCCAAGAUAACGGAUAUGGAGAUCCUGGACCCCGUGGAUGUCAUGCUGUCUCCGGGUGAUGCAGACCCAGGGGAGAACGAGACCAGUAUCCGUGAGGACUUCAGCUGGGCCGGACUGUUCUCCUUCCAGGAUCUGAGGGCAGCCCACCUCCAGCUAUGCGCUGUCAACUCAGACCUAGAGCCGUGUUUACCCUCGUUCCCGGAGGAGCAGUCCGGCGUGUGGACUGUCCUUUUCGGUACGUCCGGGGUGUCACAGCGGGAGACGGAUGCCCUGUGCUAUCAGUUGCAGGUGUAUCUUGGUCAUGCCCUGGACACCUGCGGCUGGAAAAUCCUGUCGCAGGUGCUUUUCUCCGAGAGCGACGACACUGAGGAGUACUACGAGAGCCUGAGUGAGCUUAGGCAAAAAGGCUAUGAAGAUGCACUGGAGAGGGCCAAAAGACGCAUGCAAGAGGUGUUGGAUAAACACAAAGCCAUGGACAGCAUGGUGGAGCUGCUACAGGUGUACCCUGAGGAGGACGAGGCGUAUGGAGAGCUGCUGGAAGCAACAACUCAGCUCUACCACUACCUGCUUCAGCCCUUCAGGGACAUGAGGGAACUGGCAAUGUUGCGCCGACAGCAGAUUAAGAUCUCUCUGGAGACAGAGCGCCUCGGCCCCCGUCGUGUGGAGAGCCUGAGAAAGGAGGAUGAGGAGUGGCAGAAGAAGGCUCACGCCGCAGUGCUUUCCAUUCAAGACCUGACUGUCAGGUUCUUUGAAACCACAACUCGAGCUCAGAAAGCUCUGUAUGAGCGGAUGCGUGCUGACCAGAGAAAGUUUGGAAAGUCAGCGUGGACAGCGGCGGUUGAACGCAUGGAGCGGCUGCAGUACGCUGUUUCCAAAGAAACUCUGCAGCUCAUGAGGGCCAAGGAGAUCUGCCUGGAACAGAGGAAGCAUGGCUUGAAGGAGGAGAUGCAGAGUCUGCAGGGUGGGGAGGAUGCCAUGCUUCGCCUGGACCAGCUGGAGGCGCUGUACUAUGAGUUACAGCUACAGCUGUAUGACAUUCAGGCUGAGGUGCUGCGCUGUGAGGAGCUGCUGCUCACUGCCCAGCUGCAGAGUCUGCGCAGGCAGAUGACAGAGAGACAGGAUGAGGUGGUGUACUACGAUGCUGUUGAGAGCCCUGAUGCCAUGAAGGGCGUAGAAGACCCCGCGACCCCACCAUCACCCCUCAGAGAAGAAGAGCUCAGCAUCCUGCAGCAGAGGACCCGGCAGCUCGAGGCCCGCAGGGGCCGCAUCACUGCCAAGAAAGUCUACCUCAAAAAUAAGAAGGAAAUCUGCAUCAUCAGUCACAACCAGAAAAUACAACAGCGCCAAGGUAGCCAUGCUGACAGCAAAUCUCUGCAGGAGCUCCAGCAGGGAGAAGAAGAUGAUGAAGCUAAGCGAAAUGCCAGAGUGAGUCAGGAGAGGCAGAGGACACUUGACAGGCUUCGCAGCCUCAAACAGCGUUAUCCAGGCCAGGUGACUGUGAAGUCAAGCCGCCUGCGCCUGAGUCAGACUCAGAGUCGGAGGCGUGCCGGGCAGCAGCCCAGCACCCAGGCUGCCAGCGUUCAGACCGACUGCAUCUCAGAUCUCCCAGAACUCGCUGGUCCUCUCCUGCCAGAAGUCUGCAGCUGUGAGAGCGUGUCUUUACCUGUAGUCGAUCUCCAAAGCCUCGAUUCUUCACCUCCCUUUCUCUCGCUGCCUCCCCUGUCAGCUACACCAUCCAAUUUUUCACUGGGUCCACCUCCCCCUCCCCCUCCUCCUCCUCCCCCACCCCCUCCACCGCUUCCCACCUCAGAGGACGAACAGCAAAAGAACCCUACAGGCGUCCCGGUGCAACACCAAAAAACUGAGUCUGAAUCCACCUCGCUCCCGCUGGCUCCAUUUUCCCCUCGAUUCUUUGAUAGCAGCCAGCUGUUAACGGCGAGGAAGAAGCUGCGGAAGACGGCUUCUCUGGACUCAUCGCAGUGGAGGAGAGCGAGCUCUCCCAUGGAUGAGGUGCUGGCCUCUCUCAAGCGGGGCAGUUUCCACCUGAGGAAGGCUGAGCUGCGGGUCCUGGGCCCUGAUCCAGAUGACGACAGCAACAAUAUCUUGGCUCAGAUCCGACAGGGUGUCCGGCUGAGGAAGGUACGGACCAGACCGGAGCAGCAGCAUCAUCCCAAAAGCUUCCCCCACUCAGCCGAUGCUCUGACCCGCAGCAUCCACGAGGCUCUGAGGAGAAUCAAAGAGGCCUCUCCAGAGUCGGAGUCAGAGGAUGAAGGUCUUCCCUGCACUGACUGGGAAAACUAAUGUCAUUCAUCAGAAGAAUCUUUUAACCCAAACUUUUUAUUAUUUUUUUUUUCCGUGUGUGUGUUUUAUUUACACACACACAGAGUCAAAACAAAGAGAAACCCAAGUUAAGCCAGGGUUAAAUCACCUGGAGAUUUCUUGGUGCAAUUUGAACAAAUACCCUUGAUUUUACUUUUUUUUUAAUAUCUAUUAGAAUUUUUUUUUCAUACUCAUGUAUGCUGUUUGUAAAGACGGACCACUAAUCUUUUUUUAUGUCAUUGCUGUGGCUCUCUGGGCGAGGAUACAACCUCUAACCUCUCAUCACGUCUGAAUUGUACUGUAGCUUGCAGUGACAGGGUUGUGGUAGGAGAUGAGUUUUGCUCAUGGUUAUGGUAAACAUUCAGUCUGAGCUCCUCACUGAAUACGUUUACAUUUUACUACACAACAAGCAUUUGUACUGUACAUCUUACAUUUUAAAGGAAGAGAUUGAGUACACAUGAGUGGUAUUAACAUUCAUAUUUACAGAAUCGCCAAACUUUGACUUUAACUUGCAAAUUUGAGACAAUGAUUUGUGUAUCUGGCAAAUAAUCCAUGCUCUUUUGUUGUUGUUGUUGUUGUUGUUGUUGUUGUUGUUGUCAGAAUCAGUCUGAAUGGCCAGAAUCUGAUUAAGGCGUUAGAACUCUGGUUUCAGUAUAAAAGGUCCCAAAGGCAGUUAGAAAUAACCCAGUCAUCCGUACAUCUGUAAAAUCACUGUUUACCUGCACCUCUCACAGGAUGAGACAGCCCAGCUGGUCAUCAAAGACAAAAGCAAACUUGUAGAUUUGCUGCUCCACAGCUAUUUACCCUGUGAGAACAACAGACCUGGGGCCAGAUUUACUGAGUGUGAUGCUGCAAUCACAAGAAUGUGCUGAUUAAAAAUUUUGCAGGGAUUCCAUUAACAGUGUGCAGAUUUAUGAGUAUGCACAUGUAGAGUUCUUCUCAGUAACCAAUGCCGUUUCCUGAGGGCCGUAUACAUUAGUGGGUCAAAAACCUGCAGCACUGAUGAGGGGGCGACUCUACCAACUGAAAGAAUCCAGAGUAAGUGCAGGUUUUAUGGAUGCCCUUCUCUCUCAGACAGCAUGGUAAUUCAAAUCAAGGACAGGCAGCUGAAGGAGAAUCGAUGUUUGAUACAAAGGUGAACUCUCCUGUUAGGACACAGUCAGAUCCUUGUUUUUUUUUUGUUUUGUUUUUUUCUGCAUGCUGUUUGAGGCUGCAGCUUUUAAGGUCAAAGAAAAGACUCAAACAGGUUCUAAAUAAAUGAAUAAAGGGGCAAAAUUCUGAGGAAAAGAGCUAAACUUUGUGAUUAAAGUUGCAUAUGUGUAAGGAAAUGAUGACAAUCUGAAUAAAUUUAAGAGAAAGAAAACUUGUAGAGAUUUACAAGGAAAAAUGUAAAUUUAUAAGAAAAACACUGCAUAUUGUGAGAAAGUGGCAUAUUUUUGAUGGGAAAAAAAUCUGGGGGGAAAAAACUUUGAGGGGGAAAAAACUUGCAAAUUCUAAGAAAAGUGGCAAAUUUAUGAGAAAAAGGAGUCUAUUGUUUCACUUUUCAAGAUUAAGUUGGAAAGAGCCACAUAUUUGAACUCCUGGGAUCGAUAAACCAUACCAUAUGUUAUUAGAACAGCAGCAACAACUUUUUCCAAGCGUCUGUUUAAGGCAGAAUCAAACUCCAUGCUUGUUUUCAUUAAAAAGCCCUCUGACCUGUACAAACAGCACUGGGCUCCACGUGCAGCUGGCUGUGAAACGAGUGUGCAGGGAUCGUCUGUAAAGUGCUGUGAGUGAAAAAAAUAAUACGUGCAUAUGCAGUAAUAUCUUGGCUCUCAUACAAUGUCACCAACAUAUAGGGGCCUCCAGAUUCUGUGUGGUCCAUUACAGCAAUUUGAAGUGCUAAAAAUAGAAAACGUUGAGACCAAAGCAGCGUAUGAGGAAAUGCUAAUAAAUGUUCACUGUUACAGAAGAUCAAAUAUGUGAAUUUCUUUCCAACUGAACUUUGGAAAGUGAAGCGAUGUGACGCUUUGACUAAAACAAAAACCGCCAAUUGUUGAGUUUUGCUCUUAAAUGAGUCGCUUUUUUUUUAAAUUUUGUGCUGAGAUCGAAACUCCUGCAAAUGCAAAUGUGAUAAAGCCGGCCACAAAAUUAGCUGCCCACGCCUUUCAGUUGCUAACUUUAACGUGUCUAAGGGCGUUUUGUGCUGAUGCAGACCCACAGGAAAUCUGGCCCCUGCUGUUCCUGUCAUAGUCACACUGUAACACUGUAAUUAUGAGCUGUAGUUUUGCAUAACAAGCUUUGUCUGUUGUUCUGCAUCCUCCAUUUCUUUUAGAAGGAUGCAGUUAACACCAGGUCAGUAUUUUGAUUUCAGCUCCAUUUGAAGUAUAAAUGAGUACUUGAAUGUUGCUCUGGAUGUUUUCUGUGUUUGGCAGAUUUUACUGUCCACCUCAGAGAUGGAAAAAACUUGUUGGGCUUCCUGUUGGACAUGUGGACCAGAUUCCCCUUCAUUUAUUGCUUUGGUCUUGAUUCUUGAAUGGAGCUCUGCUGUUCAGAUACUACGACUAGAGAUGAGUAGAGAAUUUAUAGAAAUUCACAGAUAGUGAAAUUCUAGACCGAUACCAUUAUUUAAAAUAAGAGUUUGGCUGAUAUUUUUUUCUGUUUGUGCUACCAAACAAAUUAAUUUUCAUUCUAAAAUAUAACUACUUUGUUUUAAAGCCUUUCACCUCUACCGGUGCAAAAUUGAUCCGGCAUGACAGAUAAAUAUCAGCCACUGAUAUCUGUGUUUUUGUUUUUUUUGCCAGUAUCAGUCAAGAGGGGCCGCUAUUGGCUAGUAGUCUAACCAUUUGGCUGAUACUUGCUUUGUUUUGUUUUUUUCAGAUUUUUCUUCUUUCAUUCUGAUUGUAGCUUCUAGCAUGUGACAAUUAGCAACACAUUAGAUAACCAUAACCUGGAUAUGUGAUGGAUUUGAAGACUUUAGGAAACAGUGGCGGGUGUUUUUUUUUUUUUUUUUUUUCCUUUUUUUUGUUUGUUUUAAAUCAUAAUCUGCACAUGAAUGAUUAACAGAUUAACACAAAGAAAAUAACCAGCAUAUUAUUUUUUAAUAAUUUCAGAUGCUUUACACGGCGUGGCAGGGAUCGGUAGAGGAGUGUUAGUUUGUGUGAUGUUUCUAUUUAUUGUGCGGAGCUCAUUUGUUGUUUUUGCUGUCGGUUUCCUCACCUGAGAGAUGCGCUCUCGUCCCACUGCCUUCUUUUAUGAAAGAUGUUUUCCAAGCUUGAUUACUUACCUUAUUUACUGGAGUUGUUGUUGCGUGUGUGUGUGUGUGUGUGUGGUUUUGUUUUUUUGGUUUGGUUUGCUUGUUUUGUUUUUUAAUGUCUGCUGAGAAAACCUGUUUUUAACUGAAGAACUGCUUCCACAUUUUCCUGUAUUUGAUAAGCCGUGCACUGAAUGAGCACCAUGGCUUAUAUAUAUAUAUAUAUAUAUCAAUCAUCUUUCUGCUUAUGCUGACAGAGUACUGAUGACAUCAGUACUCCUAUGUUUAAAUGAUGAACAGUUUAACUUAACAGAAAGACUGGAAACAGCUGGCCUGCCGCUGUUUAAAAGAAAAGUAACACUUAGUGAGCUUUAGAGGUUAAAAUUUUCUUUAUAAUGUAAUAAGCUGGACUGUUUGGCUGGUUUUACACACAGAGCAUCAAAUUCUGAAACAAACUAGCCAUUAAUCUGAUCUGACAUGAAGACAGUUUGAGCAGUUCAGGUUUUGGUUUGUUCCUCAUUUCUGGUGCUUUCAUAAAAAACAUUUUGCUGGACUAUCUUAAAAGUGGCUCCAUGGAGUAGCGGCACAUGCAUUCGCCUAACAAGUGAAAGAUCCCCGUUCCCUUCAGGUCAUGUUGCAGGCAUCGUAACAUUUGGUGACCCUAGGCUCUUCACACCUGUCACAGGUGCUCAGUUUGAACCUCUCAUCUGUGACGAGAACAAGUGCCAAGCAGGUGAAAUGGAUUCACAAUAGUUUAUGCUUCCUAACUGGAAGCACUGAUAUCUCUGAAGUUUAAAUGAGUUUGUAAGGGUCAAGUGAUCCCUUAAAGAAAAUGGUUUAAUGCUACCUCGUGCCACUCCAUAUCUCACCUUUGUGUGGCCCGUCCUUUACGGCAGUCACAGCUGAAGCUGAAAGGAUGUUGUGGAGAAACACCAAACAAAUCAUCACCUUUUGCCAUAAACAAAAUAAUGAAUUGACAGUCGCUCUAGAGUGACAUAUCAGUGACUUAGCAUCUUUGGGGAUUUCAUUUUUUAGCUAAACUGUUGAAUCCAGUCACACUGUCUAGAGCCAGACUGAUUAUCAGCAGACAGAUAUUAUCGAUUUGCUGAUCUGUCAGUAUCUGCAUUUGUAACGACUGAAAAAUGACCAUUAAGAAAGGAGAAACACCCUUCAACUGAGUGUUUGUUGCAUACUUUGUUCACCAGAGGGCACUCUGCAACUUCUUUGUUGACAAUACAACACAACAACCAGAUGAUGCAAGCAGAGUUGGGCAGAGCCAAAAUAACUACGCACAGCAAAUGUCAGGGAAAUCUGUUUGUUUCUUGUGUCUGAAUACCAGAGUUUUUAAAUCGCCAAAUAUCUUUAUCAUUAUCGCUCUUAAAAAUCUUGUAUGGGUCGGGCUCAAUCCCAGUCUUUAUGCUAAGCUAAGCUAACUGUAGCAUUAUAUUUUCUGCAUACUGUAUAACAGGAAUACAGUAAGUCAACUGACAGAGUAAAAGACUGCUGCUAAGUGUUAAAAUCAUCAAGAAUAAUUUGCACGCAGUUCCUCUUCAGCCACUCAGAUCUUUAAAGAUAUAUUGUGUGAGUGUAAACCUUUGGCAGCGGAUGAUUUGACGUUUUCCUUUUUUUUUGUUUUUAACUUCUUCAUUUGAACAUUUGUGGAGUUCAGAUUCCACCCUGAGCUCAUCGCCAGUUUGACCUUUACAACCUUAUGCAUGUGACGGGUUUGAGGGCAAACCUGUCACAACGUAAGUGCAAUAACAAAGAUUGGGGGAGGGGAGUCAUUUUAAGAAUGAUACUGUAAUGAAAUGUAAAUCAUGAAAAUAUAUCCGCAUGCCUAAAUGUAUUGAAGUAUUUAUUUAAACUUCAUAUUUUAAAGAAUUUUUAAAGCGUACAAAUAUAAAUGUUCAAGGUUUUUUUUUUUGUUUGUUUCCUAUCAUGACAUUCCUCUGCUUUC